AUGCUAUGCAGUACCCAUUGGCAUCCAAGAUCGCACUUCGAGAUUUCUAUGUGGAUGAUCUUGUCUGGCGCUGAUACCAUUGAAGAAGUAGCUCGGAUGAAGAAAGAAUUGAUAUUACUAUUGCGAGAGGGAAAGUUUGAAUUAAGGAAAUGGUCUUCCAACGAGCCUUCUUUACGGGAUGAUCAACAGGAGCACCUCAGUCGAGAAUUCAACUUAUCAACAGAUAAGAGUUCAGAAACGAGGGCUUUAGGUCUUACGUGGGACUGCUCAUCAGACUCGUUUAAGUUUUCUAACAUCAGCCAUCUUUCCGCAUUGGAAAAACCCACUAAAAGAAGUAUUUUAGCUCGGAUCGCAUUGAUCUUUGACCCCCUUGGCUUGCUGGGCCCCAUAACCGUGGUAGCUAAAAUAAUAAUGCAGGAACUCUAG